GUUCACUGCGCGUUCAUGGCGUUCCACUCGCGCUCGACGCGCUCCACAGCUGCGACUGACGUAUUUGGACAAAAAAAUGAAUGCCCUGUGAAACUUCGUCUCCCGAAUGUGAUGUCUGCAGACGCCGUGGGUGUUUCCCCGCUCAUUCCUCCGGUAUAAGUAACGUGAAAGCACGCCGGUGGAUUGGCGCUGCGAAUUUUGGCGACAUUGUCACGGAACAUACGAGCAAAAGCGGUUUGUUUUCAUUUCAUGACCGAAAACUGACCGUUCGCCAAGUUGGUAACGGCUGCGGAUCUUUAACAGUGGGGAGAAAUGGGCACUUUACGCGAUCUCCAGUACGCGUUACAGGAGAAGAUUGAAGAAUUGAGACAGAGAGACGCGCUUAUUGAUGAACUGGAGUUGGAGCUGGAUCAGAAAGACGAACUCAUCCAGAAGCUUCAGAAUGAGUUAGACAAAUACCGAUCAGUUAUAAGACCGGCAACGCAACAAGUCCACAAGCAGAGUGUCCUUCAAGAGCACCAGAGGACCAAGAGACAGGCGAUCUCAGCCGAACCUACAGCCUUUGAUAUUCACGAACUCAGUCAUGUCACCCUGCCUUUCUAUCCAAAGAGCCCACAGUCUAAAGAACUAAUCAAAGAGGCCAUUCUUGAAAAUGACUUCAUGAAGAACCUGGAGCUGUCUCAGAUUCAGGAGAUUGUGGACUGCAUGUACCCUGUGGAGUAUGAUAAAGAAAGUUGUAUCAUCAAAGAAGGCGAUGUGGGCUCCCUGGUUUAUGUCAUGGAAGAUGGCAAGGUGGAGGUGACCAAGGAGGGGAUGAAACUCUGCACCAUGGGACCGGGGAAAGUGUUCGGAGAGCUCGCCAUCCUCUACAACUGCACCAGGACUGCUACGGUACAGACCCUCACAAAUGUGAAGUUAUGGGCCAUCGACCGCCAGUGUUUCCAGACCAUCAUGAUGAGGACCGGACUCAUCAAGCAUGCAGAGUACACAGAGUUCCUGAAGAGCGUUCCGACAUUCCAAGGCCUUUCAGAAGAAAUACUCAGCAAGCUAGCGGAUGUGCUGGAGGAGACUCACUACAGUGAUGGAGAGUACAUUAUUAGACAAGGUGCCAGAGGGGACACAUUCUUUAUCAUUAGCAAAGGAAAGGUGAACGUAACUCGAGAAGAUCCACCCAAUGGGACCCCUGUCUAUCUUCGGGCAUUAGGGAAAGGAGACUGGUUUGGAGAAAAAGCCCUUCAAGGAGAAGACAUCAGGACGGCUAAUGUCGUCUCCGCUGAAGCUGUCACCUGCCUCGUCAUCGACAGAGAUUCUUUCAAACACUUGAUCGGAGGCCUGGACGACGUCUCAAGCAAAGGCUAUGAUGAUGCUGGCACCAAAGCAAAAUACGAGGCGGAGAAUGCCUUCUUCUCCAACCUGAAGCUGGUGGACUUCAACAUCAUCGACACCUUGGGAGUUGGAGGAUUCGGAAGAGUUGAGCUGGUACAGCUCAAGAGUGAAGAGACCAAAACAUUUGCAAUGAAGAUUCUGAAAAAGCGUCACAUCGUGGAUACGCGGCAACAGGAGCACAUCCGCUCUGAGAAACAGAUCAUGCAGGAGGCUCAUUCAGACUUCAUUGUAAGGUUGUACAGAACUUUCAAAGACAGCAAAUAUCUGUACAUGUUGAUGGAAGCCUGUCUUGGAGGAGAGCUUUGGACCAUUCUUAGAGACAGAGGAUCAUUUGAAGACUCAACUACACGGUUUUAUACAGCCUGUGUGGUCGAAGCAUUUGCUUACCUGCAUUCCAAGGGAAUAAUCUACCGAGAUUUAAAGCCAGAAAAUCUCAUUCUGGAUCAUAGAGGAUAUGCUAAGCUUGUGGACUUUGGCUUUGCUAAAAAGAUUGGAUUUGGGAAAAAAACAUGGACUUUCUGUGGAACGCCGGAGUAUGUAGCCCCAGAGAUCAUUCUUAAUAAAGGCCAUGACAUCUCAGCAGACUACUGGUCAUUGGGAAUUCUUAUGUAUGAACUCUUGACUGGAAGCCCACCAUUCUCAGGACCAGAUCCAAUGAAGACAUAUAAUAUAAUUUUAAGAGGAAUCGACAUGAUAGAAUUUCCAAAGAAGAUCACCAAAAAUGCAGGCAAUCUAAUUAAAAAACUAUGCAGGGACAAUCCGUCUGAGAGGCUAGGAAACUUGAAAAAUGGAGUCAAAGAUAUCCAAAAACACAAAUGGUUUGAAGGCUUUAACUGGGAAGGCCUGCGCAAAGGAACUCUCGUACCUCCAAUUAUUCCUGAUGUUGCAAGCCCGACUGACACCAGUAACUUUGAUAGCUUUCCUGAGGACAACGAGGACCCUCCCCCAGAUGACAAUUCCGGCUGGGACACUGAUUUCUAAAACUGAAACUCGUAACAUGCCCCGCCCUGGAGCGUCCCGUGCGAUUCGUCAGCCUGAGGGUUGGAUCGAAGAGGAGAUUGGAAGACGCCUAGCCCAGCUCUGUGACACCAAGUUGCCUUCGCCCAUGCUUCUGUCCUGCGGUGCCACUGGGGGCGUCCCAGCUCCCCGCCGCAACCCA